AUGUCGCCUGCUACUCCCUCUUCAACUGGUGGUGGCCAUGCCCUUGGUAUGCACUCAACCUCAUCCACCUCCGGUUCAAGUUACGAUACGUCUGGUCCGCAUUCUGCACUUUCUUCUCAGAUUGAGCCGUCGCCUGCUAGCACAUAUGGUAGUUCUGCUGCCAGUGAUUCUGGUAUUCCUUUGACUCCUGACAAUGAUGGGGCACUUCUUACCAACGUUGCUCGUCUUAGCAUUGAUGAUCAUAGUGAUGUUGGAGACAAUGUCAGAUCUUCCGGUCACCACUCUACCAGUGGUUCCAGAAACUCCAAUCUUUACUCACCACCAUUUGUUCGUAAUGGCUCUCAGAGUAAUGCUGAUGAUCCAUUUCAAUCACCAAGCAAGAAUGGCUCAAAGUAUCGCAACCAUGAUCAGCAUACUCCCAAGGCUCCAAGACAUUCUCAGAGAGAUAUUCAUGGUCCUUGGCGCUCAAGAAGCUCAAGCAACAGUUCCGAGUUGUCAUCAUCAAAGUCCAAGUCAAGCCACGCUGGUGCUGUUGACACCAACUACGGUGAAACCAAGCGCAAGCUCUCCUUUCAUGUUCAAGAGCACGUCUCUGAAGGAACCGAUGCUGCAGGUAACAGACUUAGUGGAUACACUGUUGUCAAGGCUGAGGAUGCACAAGCUGUCUACCCCCCUUCUUGUUGUGUUUUCGUUGCAAAUCUUCUUCAAUCCAAAAAUGAAGACUCUCUUCAAAUGGCUGUCACUCAAGUCUUCCGCGAAUAUGGUCCUGUCUACGUCAAGAUUCGCCGUGAUAACAAGCAUAUGCCUUUCGCAUUUUGCCAAUAUACUAAGCAAGAACAUGCUGAGAGAGCUAUCAAGGAAGGCAGAGGUCGUUUGAUCAAAGGCCGUCCAUGUCGCUGCGAAAAGGCCAAGGCACAUCGUCUCUUCUUCAUUGAACGCAAGUAUGGCCCGGUCGUCACUCCAAGUGAAGCCAGAGAUCUUCUUAAGCGCUUUGGCAAGAUUGAACUUUGUUACACUGCUUCUCACGUAGAGCGUACUGCACUCAACCUCAACGAAGGCGUCAUCGUUCAGUUCGAAAUGUACGAUGAAGGUCAAGAUGCUCAAUCUGCGUUCCGCAACCAUGAUCUUUACAAGCUUCAACCCAUUGCAGGCCUUGCAGCACCUGCUCAGCAGUCACCACCUGCCGCAGAAGUUGAUGCUACCAAGGCAUACUUAGCAAGAUAUGAUGUUGAUCGUCGCUCAAUUUUCGUUGGCAACCUUCCAUUAGGUACUUCGGAGCAACAAAUUCGAGGCCUCUUUGAGCACUAUGGUGAUAUUCAAGACAUCAGUCUACGAGAGAACGCAUCUAAGUUUGAACCAGAAGAGAAGUUUGCUUUCGCUUUUGUCGAGUUCAAGUCGCCAAUUGCAGUUGUCAAUGCUGUUAAUGCAAAGAACGGUUUUACUUUCGGUGGAAAGUCUCUACGAGUUGCUCAAAAGGACUCUGAAAAUGGUGGUAGCAGAGGUAGAUCCUCCAGAUCGCAGCCUUUGUCUUCCACCCGAUCAUUCCAGUCUCCUCGUGUUGAUCGACAUGUAGAGCAACAAGUCUCCCCAUCUGCUCAGAUGUCUCCAAUGGCUUAUGCUUCGCCUUACGGUUACACUGCUUAUAGUCCGUACUAUGGUUAUGCUGCUCCCUCAACUGUCUUCACUGAUGGUCAAGGCCAUUACUACAGUAGUGCUACAUCGUACUCGCCAGCACCAGCAUACUACCCAGGCUAUCCUGCUAGUCCUGGAUAUGGCAUGCGAAACCCAGCAGUGGCAACUGAUUUGACCGGCAGCCCCGCUGCUCCGUCACCAUACUGCAGUUAUGCUCCAUACCAACAAUAUGCACCAGCUCCAUACUGGGGUAUGCAAAGCCCACCAGCUGAUCAGUUGGCUUCGUCUCAACAAGCAUACUACCCUUAUUCACCUGUUGAUGUUGGUAACAAAGCUCACGAUGAUCGUUCAGCAACUCCCACUCCAAGUGGUCAUGCCGCGGUUGUUGAGUGAUCUUCCCACUAUUAACAAAACCCCUCUAUCAGAAUUAUCAUUCGCAGUUACUGCCACGGUGGUACUCGUUCAUCUUCAUGAUAUCUGGGCAGCAUGUUCUUUCUUACUUUCUCGGUUUUACGGCAUAAACUUUGGUGGCAACCUGGUUGUGUCUUGAUGUUUACCACUACUAAUUUCACGGAGUUUUACGGCAUUUCUUCAUCUUUGCAGGGAUUUGGCUUCAUCUACAGUUGUGCAGGAUUCUUGUCUACUAGUCAAUCAUGAAAGAGCAUUGUGGCUCCUGGUCUGCCAUUUAUAUGGUGACCAUCUCCCUAUUGAUUCUCUUGCUCCUUUGGACAAGAUAGACAUAGGAUAGAGUCUUUUCGAUUUGAACAAACCAUGUACCAUCAAUCAGCUAAAUCUUAGCUUAGGUAGAGUGAAAUAAAAGUAUUACCAUUGU